UAAUAGCGACCUACGCCUCGUACGUGACCGCAUCACGGUCUCAUUCAAAAAAAUAAAAAAUAAAUAAAGAAAAAAAAAAAUCCGCAGAGAAGAGUGUGUCACGGCGGAAGAACUAUGAACAGUAGACUCUGAACAACAACAACAACAACAACAGCAGCAUCGUCUUGGACCGUCGUGACACGCGGACGCAGCAGCGCUCCUAAAUGAGAAACCCUGCAGUGGGGACAACAACUGAUCCACUUCCAGCCAAAAGGUUGUAUUUUCUCCUGUGGUGUCUGUGUGGAGCGUGCCACACUUCCACUUCACAACAACGACGGCUUUUGCUUGCAUCUUCCAGUGCUUCUUAUGUCAGCAAGUUCAGCAGAGCUGCUACUCAUCUAGCGCCAGCCCAGAGGAACCCAGUGAGGAGCACCACGACUGUGAGAUGGUAAAAAUGACAAAGUCCAAGACCUUCCAGGCUUACCUGCCCAACUGUCACCGAACCUACAGCUGCAUCCACUGCCGGGCACAUCUCGCCAAUCACGAUGAGCUCAUCUCAAAGUCAUUCCAAGGCAGCCAGGGACGAGCUUACCUCUUUAAUUCAGUUGUGAAUGUCGGUUGUGGUCCAGCAGAAGAGAGGGUUCUCCUAACAGGUUUACACGCUGUGGCGGACAUCUACUGUGAAAACUGUAAAACCACUCUGGGCUGGAAAUACGAGCAUGCGUUUGAGAGCAGUCAGAAAUACAAAGAAGGCAAGUUCAUCAUCGAGCUGGCUCACAUGAUCAAAGAUAAUGGCUGGGAGUGACCUUCACCUACUUCCUCUCCGCUCAGUGACCUUUGGGCUACUCUGUCGUGGACUUUGCCGAGUGACACCACCACACGCACACGUAUAGAAACAAAAAACGCACAGACACGCGCGCGCACACACACGCCACCGUCGACCAUGACACAUCCUGACAUCUCUACUGGGUCAUCAAAAAAACUCAAAGGCAGAGUGACUGAAAGAGAAUCAAAGACAUCUACAGUCACUGAAAAACUCUCUAGGACCUUCUUCCAAAAUGGACAUGUCAACACUUUGGGAUCUGAAACUUCUCCCUUCCUGUUUGACUGCCCCAUUAACUGGUUUCGGUGUGUGUAAAUGCUCCUUGUAAGCUGUUAACAGUAUCCAGAAGACCCAUUCUCACUUUUCUCAUUUGACAUCCUCCUCUCUUUUCGUGAAUAAGCAGGAGGCGUGUGUUUUAGUGUGCGUUUUCUUUUCAACAGGAAUCUCGAGUCCUUCCUGGUGGACUGAUGUUACUGGUUAGCAUUUUCUCCUUCUCUGAAUCAAAGCCCGUUCUGAUUGUCUUUCCAUUCACUUUGGGGUAGCGACAGACACACUUGACAUACAUUAUAGGAGACGGGGUUGGUUUCAGGGUUAGGCUAUGUAGCAGUAUAUUUCAGAUGGGCGGUGGGGGAUUUGGGUGGGCGUUCAGCAUUGCAGUGGCAUGGCAUUUCCCUUGCGUUUUACCUAUUUUAUUUCCGAAUCGAAAUGUUUUCUUCCUCGGAUGACUUCACUGUGCAAUUCGUGGGACACUCUGGUACAGCAGUAGCGUCUGACCCCUACAGGAGCUUUAGUUGUCUCUGGUGCUUUUGGUGAGAUUACACAAACACGCGUCUUUGAGUUGGCAUUCGUGGCAGGUUCCAUUUUUGCAACCGUACUAUAGGCGAGAGUAAAAAACAAGAC